AGAUCUUUGUAAUGCCCUGCUGCUCAGCAUUAUAUUAAAGUAAAGGGAAGGCAUCAUGUGUUUAUCAAACAGCACAGCGCUUUCUUCCACACACACAGAUCUCUGUGGGCUGGAGUGCAACAUGUUGAAUGUUUCAGUUGGUGUGACUCUAGAUUACAGCCCAGCCCUUCCUCACAUGAUAAGUCUGGUACUUUGGUCGCUCUUACUUCGAAAAGGCAGUAAAUGACGUCACUCCCGCAGUCUGUCUCCGUGUUAUAAGAUGGUGUCCUGGUUUUGGAUUGAAUGUCUCCCUUCAUUUGAACCUCAGUGCGAUGAUGUCUGCUCAACGAACUUCAAAAAUGAUCCUUCAAACAAAGCUUUGCUCACUGCUGAUGAUUAUUAUAAUAAAAAUCUCCACAGGUCAAACCCUCACCUGUCACCGGACAGAGUAUCAGAUUGGAAAAGAAUGCUGUCUGAUGUGUGGCAAAGGAGAGCAUGUAAAGACGGACUGUGAUGAGGACAAAAGCACGUCCUGUAAGCCCUGCUCAGAGGGAACCUUCAUGAACAAACUGAAUGGACUCAAAAGUUGUUUCCCCUGCUCAAACUGUGAUGAAGGUUCUGGUUUGAGGAUAAAUACAUCAUGCACAAGAACAUUAGACUCCGUCCGUGAACCACUGGAGGGAUUUUUCUGCACACAGUCUGCAGAGCACGGCUGUCUGACUGCACAGAGACACAGGAGCUGCAGACCAGGACAGUACAUCAGUCAGAGAGGAACCUCUCUGACAGACGCUGUGUGCUCUCCCUGCUCUGCUGGAACAUUUUCAAAUGGGACGUUUCCAUCUUGUCGGGAACACACACAAUGUGAAUCACUGAAUAAACAGCUGCUGAGACCAGGAACUAAAUCAGAUGAUGCUGAGUGUGGAGAACUAAGUCCAGAGAAGAAUACAGUGAUCAUCGGUGUUGUUGUUUUUGUUGUUGUUUUUGUUGUUGUUGUUGGGCUUAUUGUAGCUGCGAGGUUGUAUCACAGAAAGAAGAUAAACAGAUGUCUAAACAGAGGAAAAAGAAGCAAAACAGAAAACGGACACAUGGAACAAGAGAAUUUAAACAAACGACGACCUGUAGAGGUGAAUCAGGACAGAACAGAGGAUCAGAUAGUCAUGGCUCAUAUCUAAACAUGCAGACAGUUUUUUGGACACAGUGAGGUAAAUGUUCU